AGUGAAUGGGGCAAAGGCAUGAUAUAUAAAGGGUCACAGGGCUACACAAUUAUUAAACAAGCAUAGUUCUCAGCACUCUCUCUUCACCAAAAUCCAUAAAGAUAUGGAUUUUGGUUACCAUAGGAGCUGCCUUUUGUUGACUGGUGUCAUCAUUCUUCUUCAAGUGCAACUGUUUUUGGCUGUCACUUUGGCCAAAACACAAGUACCUUUCUCAUCAUCCAAUAAUAUAAGUAGUAGUUUUUCAACAAGGGGUAGAGAAUUAUUAGGGUGUGAUUUGUUCAAGGGAAGAUGGGUUGUUGACAAUUCAUACCCACUCUAUGCAGCUUCUAGCUGCCCCUACAUUGAUCCCGGGUACGAUUGUCAAAAACAUGGCCGCAAAGACACCCAGUAUCUCAAGUAUUCUUGGAAACCUGAUUCUUGCAACUUACCCAGGUUUAACGGGUUGGAUUUGUUGAACAAAUGGAGAGGGAAGAAGGUGAUGUUUGUUGGUGACUCGCUGAGCGAGAACAUGUGGCAAUCGUUAGCUUGUUUGCUUCACGCAUCAGUGCCAAGAUCGAAGACUAGUUUGCAACAUGGGGAGCCGCUUACUACCCUUACGUUUCAGGACUAUGGAGUAACAAUAUUUUUAUAUCGCUCGACAUACUUGGUCGAUAUUGUAAGAGAAAAAAUUGGCCGCGUGCUGAAACUGGAUUCCAUUCAAGCUGGCAAGGCAUGGAAAGGGAUGGAUGUGCUCGUUUUCAAUUCGUGGCACUGGUGGACGCACACAGGACGAUCACAACCAUGGGAUUAUAUGCAAUACGGCUCGUCAAUAUCGAAAGAUAUGGACCGAUUCGAGGCAUACUUCAAGGGCAUGACAACAUGGGCAAGAUGGGUCGAUCUUAAUGUCAAUCCAGCUAAGACCAAAGUAUUCUUCCAGGGGAUAUCGCCUUCACAUUACGUGGGACAAGAAUGGGGAUCACCAUCCAAGAGUUGCAAUGGACAAGCACAACCAUUACAAGGGUCAACAUAUCCAGCAGGUUCACCUAAAGCCCUAGGUGUUUUGAAGAAAGUUUUGGGGAGUGUAAAGAUUCCAGUUUACUUGUUGGAUAUCACAACAUUGUCUCAGUUGAGGAAAGAUGCACACCCUUCAGCUUACGGCUACUCCGGUGUAGACUGCAGUCAUUGGUGUCUUCCCGGGCUGCCCGAUACAUGGAACCAACUCCUAUAUGCAACCUUUCAUUAAUCGACAGAUCGGUCUACUUAACUACGCUAUAUGUAUUUGCUUUGUAUAGACUACAUGCAUUCUAGUUCCUUUUAUGUUUGCUAGUAUAUUUAAAGGGUACAUUCUUAUAUUGAUUGUUCUUGGAAUAAGAUAUAUGGAUAUGGUUCUCAAUUGUACCUAA